AACAUAUUCCUAAAAUAAAAUAAAAAUAAAAUACUAUCCCGCCACCUUUUCUUUUUCCUAUUCCCCUUUCCCUCCCCUCCAAGUCUCCUUCCUCUCCCACAACUCCAUCAUCAUCCGUACAACCUAUACAUACACCUAUACAUACACGCAAUUAACUCGUAUUCUACGCAUCAAUUUUCGAUUAAAUUAUGUUUUUGAUAUCGCUACGCAAAUUUGAAGAUCAGCGCUCUUUGAUUCGCGAUUGCGACGGCUCUCGGCGAUUGUUUUUCUCGAAUCUACCGGGUCAUCCAGAAUCGGCUUGGAUUUGGAUAUCAUCAGCCUUGUAGGCUGCCAAAAGAGAUUAGAUAGAUAAUGACGGACUAGUUUCACAAUGAUUGAUUUUAGUAUAUUGAAUAGAUUGCUGAGUAGCUCCAAUUCUUUUCCUCCAAAUUUUGGAUGGUUAGUUACAGCUUCAUUUGGAUUUAUAGCUGUUCUAUAUGCAUUUCUUAGAUGGCAGAAAAAGACAUCUCUUAAUUGGGUUAAGGCUUCUGCAAGAGAGAAACAGAAGGCAUGGAAAAAGCUGAAACUUCCGUUAUCACACCACACAUGGGUGGAAGAUUUUUCUCACGGAAAACGGCCAUCAACAUGCUGUGUUUGCCUAACAUCUGUGGCAUCCCCACAGCACACAGGUACAAAACCCACGACUCAUUCUGCCCUUCAGCGUUGCUCUGUUUGUGGUGUAUCAGCUCAUUUCAAUUGCCACCAGUUUGCAAGAAAGGAUUGCAAGUGUGUAGCGCAAGCUAGUUUUAGCCAUGUGCUACAUCACUGGUCAGAAAGGUGGAAUACCAUGGAUGAAAAUUCUGAGAUGUCUGCUUUCUGUUCUUAUUGUGAUGAACCUUGUGGUGUGCCUUUUAUUGAUGCCUCCCCAACAUGGCACUGCCUGUGGUGUCAGCGUCUUAUACAUGUCAAGUGUCAUGUUAAAAUGUCUGAAGAGUCAGGCAACGUUUGUGACUUGGGUUCUCUUCGAAGGGUCAUACUUUCUCCGAUAUGUGUCAAAGAAGUUGACUAUGAAAAGAGUAGAGGUGGAAUGCUAAACUCUAUCACAGAAGAAAUCAUUGCUUCCUCUGUCCGUGGUCAAAUUAGAAGGCGGCGCCACAGAAACAAAAAUGGAGCCGGUCGUUCUAUAAACAGCAAGCUGCAGGAUAACUCAGCUGCAAAUACAGCAUUGCAGUAUGUGCUCAGUGGCAUUGCUGGUUUGAAGGAUAGCGGGGUGCUUGGAAAGAAAGGUGUCCAGAAUGAUGUCAUCCAUAACAAUCAAGAAAUUGUUGUCCAAGGUCGCCUAAGACGUUAUGAAUUAGUGGACUUGCCUACAGAUGCAAGGCCUCUUCUGGUCUUCAUCAAUACUAAGAGUGGGGCUCAAAAUGGACCAGCUCUUAAAAGGAGAUUGAACACACUAUUAAACCCUGUGCAGGUGUUUGAGCUCAGUUCAUCGCAAGGGCCUGAGGCUGGUUUAAAGUUGUUCAGUAAUGUGCAAUAUUUUAGAGUUUUGGUUUGUGGCGGAGAUGGAACCGUUGCUUGGGUUCUUGAUGCAAUUGAAAAGCAUAACUUCGAGUCACCACCGCCUGUUGCAGUUUUACCACUGGGGACUGGAAAUGAUCUGUCCAGGGUUUUGAGAUGGGGUGGUGGAUACUCGACAGUGGAAGGACAAGGUGGUGUAAGCUCUCUUCUGUAUGACAUAGAUCAUGCAGCAGUUACAAUGCUAGAUCGCUGGAAGGUUAACAUUAUAGACGAAAACUGUGAUGAUGCUUCGGAUAAAGUACAAUUCAAGUACAUGAUGAAUUAUUUAGGUAUUGGAUGUGAUGCCAAGGUUGCAUAUGAAUUCCACGUUACCAGGGAAGAAAACCCGGGGAAGUUUUACAGUCAGUUUGUGAACAAAUUGCGGUAUGCAAAAGAAGGGGCCAGGGAUAUAAUGGACAGAACAUGCGCCGACUUACCAUGGCAAGUGUGGCUUGAAGUUGAUGGAAAUGACAUUCAGAUUCCAAAGGAUGCGGAAGGUUUAAUUGUGCUAAAUAUUGGCAGUUAUAUGGGAGGGGUAGAUCUUUGGCAAAACGAAUAUGAGCAUGAUGAUCAUUUUAGUCAUCAGUACAUGCAUGAUAAAAUGUUAGAGGUUGUAUGCAUUUCUGGAGCAUGGCAUCUUGGCAAGCUUCAGGUUGGACUUUCCCAGGCUAGGAGGCUAGCACAAGGAAAAAUCAUUAGAAUACAUCUUUCAAGUCCUUUUCCAGUUCAGAUAGACGGGGAACCUUUUAUAAAGCAGCCAGGAUGUUUAGAAAUAACACAUCAUGGGCAGGUGUUUAUGUUGAGAAGGGCUUCAGGUUCACAGGAGCCAAGAGGCCAUGCUGCUGCUAUUAUGACGGACGUUUUGGUUGAUGCAGAGUGUAAAGGUGUUAUUAAUGCAUCUCAAAAGAAAUUACUUCUCCAGGAAAUUGCCCUUCAGCUUUCUUGAUUUCACUUAUCCUUUAGGUAGCACAGAUUUUCAUCUCAUCAUUUCCUCGACCUACUCAAAUUUUGCCAACAAGCGUGAUUGUCCAUACCCUUUUCUUAUUAUUAUUUUCACUCUUGUUUUCCGAGUUGUAAGUUGCGGGAGAAGCAGUGUGUGUUGUAAUAUAUAGGACGGAGAGUAGUGAUACAGAAGGAAUCUAUACUAGUUUACAUACAAUUCACUUACACUAGUUUGUUUAGAUGAUUCCUAUGGUUUACGUUAUUCAUCAGAGUAUGCGAUUUUGUUCUGUUUUUUGA